GCUCUGGGCCCUUCACUUUCCGCCCUCUUCCCGUCCCCUUCCCUCUUCGACUUCUCCCCUCCGACUUCUCCCCUCCCACUUCGGGGUUGCCACUGCCUCGUGUGACAGGGGGAAUGAAAACAAGGGAAGCGGGGCGGAGAGGCGGGCUGCGGGUCUGGGGGCGGGACUUUCUGAGAACGGUAGCCAAUGGGGAGGGAGGGGCGGGGCUCUCGGGUGCCCGCUGGCCGAAGGGGUAGUUCCAGGCCUGGUCGCUGAGCGGCAGGGAGAAGUAAAGCGCGGAGCUGAUCGGAGGAGCCGCCGGGAACAGAAGCGCUGCAUUUCAGCUCAGUUACCUAUGGCUUCCCCUAAAAUUGCUUCCCUCUCUUGGGGGCAAAUGAAAGUGCAAGGCUCUACCUUAACCUAUAAGGAUUGCAAAGUAUGGCCAGGAGGCAGUCGGGCUUGGGAUUGGAGAGAAACGGGAACUGAGCAUUCUCCUGGGGUGCAGCCUGCAGAUGUAAAGGAGGUCGCUGAGAAGGGUGUGCAGACUCUUGUGAUAGGCAGAGGAAUGAGUGAGGCCUUGAAGGUGCCUCCAUCCACUGUGGAGUACCUCCAGAAACAAGGCAUUGAUGUGCGGGUCCUCCAGACAGAGCAGGCAGUGAAGGAGUAUAAUGCCUUGGUUGCCCAAGGGGUAAGAGUAGGAGGCGUCUUCCAUUCCACCUGCUGAUGGAGUCACAGAGAAUAAAGCACUAAGCAACAA